AUGCUGACCCGGCUGUUCAGCGACUCGCCGCUGAUCCCCGGCCUGCAGAAGUUCGACAGCUGGGCGGCGGAGAGCGACAGCGACGAGGAGCGGAACCGAGCGGAGGGCCACGGUGGGAUGCGCGAGGCCCGGGAGCGGGCGGCGGGCGACGGCCUGGGCGCCGCCCCGGAGAACGAGGAGGGGGAAACGGCGGUGGAGGAGGAGGACGAGGAGGAGGAGGAGGAGGAGGAGGAGGAGGAGGAGGAGGUGGAGGAAGAGGGCGCCAGACCGCGGAAGAGGGGGCCGAAGAGGCGGAAAAUGACGAAGGCCAGAUUGGAGCGCUUCAGGCUGCGGCGGCAGAAGGCGAACACGCGUGAACGGAACCGCAUGCACGACCUGAACUCGGCGCUGGACAACCUGCGCAAAGUUGUCCCGUGCUACUCCAAGACGCAGAAACUGUCCAAAAUCGAGACACUGCGCCUGGCCAAGAACUAUAUCUGGGCGCUGUCGGAGAUCCUGCGCUCCGGGAAGAGGCCCGACCUCCUGUCGUACGUGCAGACGCUGUGCAAAGGCCUGUCCCAGCCCACCACCAACCUGGUGGCCGGCUGCCUGCAGCUCAACUCCCGGAACUUCAUCACCGAGCCGCCCCAGGACGCGGCGCGCCUGCACCCUGCCAACACCUCCUUCGCUCUCCACCCGUACAGCUACCCGUGCGCCCGGCUGCCAAGCCCGCAGUGCCAGCCCGCCGCCGUGGGCAGCGCCCACCCGCUCCGCUCGCACCCCUACUGCUCCAACCUGGAUCACCUGUGCGGGGGCGUGUCCCCGGACUACGCCGGCUCUGAGAUGGAGGGGCCCCUCAGUCCCCCGCUCUGCGCCGAGGGCGGCUACCCGCUGAAGGCGGACUCGUCGCCCGACCACCAGGAGAAGACGUAUCAUUACACGAUGCACUACUCGGCGAGAGCCGGCUCCCGCGGCCCGGCCCACGGGGUCAUCUUCAGCAGCUCGGCGCUCCGCAGCGCCCUGCAUUCAGACAACCUCACGCCGUACGACGCGCUGCUGUCGAGCGACAGGGUUCCGGCCUACGAGGAACUCAACAGCUUCUUCCACAACUAG